UGAAAAGAAACAAACGAGCAGCUGUUAAAAAUACUAGUUGCGGCAUGUUUUUUUUGCGUCCAAAACUCCUGCGGCAGCUUGGCGCUCGUACCAUGGGGUUUUAUUAUGCUGUUUCAAAGGGACGCAAAAUUGGUAUUUACGAAUCGUGGGCGCAAUGCGAAGAGCAAGUGAAAGGAUUCAGAGGCGCCCUAUACAAAAAAUUUAGAACACGAGAAGAGGCUGAGGAGUUUAUCGGUCCUGGAGCAGCUGGAUGCAGCAGAAAUUUUGUGCCAACGAAUGUAGCAGUAGCACUUGGUCGUAAGGAGCCGCCGCCUGCAAGUUGGCACACCAAACAAAACAAGCAGCCCGCAACAGAAGCCACAGAUUUUUGGCCAGAUGAUGUCGAAGAUGAUUUUGAGCUCAGCGACAUCAAAGAAGAUGAUUUGAUUUCGGUGAUGAAUGAGGUAGAAGGGUUUCCAUUGAAGUCGGACAGCAGGAAACGGAAAGUAGACGGUACUGGUAAUUACAACACAAAGAUUCCACGAUACAAUUCCACAGUACUAGAAGCAACAGGGCUAAAACGCAUCGGGGCAUUUGAGUUUGAAAUCGAUGCCGAAGGUUAUGUCAUUGUCUAUACGGAUGGCUCAUGCCUACGCAAUGGACAGUCUAAUGCUGCAGCCGGUUUUGGGGUUUAUUUUGGCGAAAAACACGAAUUAAAUGCGGCAAAGCCCGUGUUGGGACGCGUCACAAAUAAUGUGGGUGAAAUACAGGCAGCUAUAUAUGCAAUAAAAACGGCCCGGGAUUUGGGCAUACACAAACUUUGCAUAAGCACAGAUUCACAGUUUUUAAUAAACUCUAUAACAUUGUGGGUCAAAGGAUGGAAACGUCACAAUUGGCGUUUAAAAAAUAAUGAGCCAGUAAAAAAUAUUGCUGAUUUCAAGGAACUGGACGAGCUACUGCAAAAAGGGGACAUCCAAGUAAAAUGGAACUACGUUGAGGCACACAAAGGUAUUAAGGGGAAUGAGAUAGCCGACAAAUUAGCGCGCCAAGGAUCAGAGCUCUACAGGAAGUUAAAUAGCGCGUAACUAAUCAUUCAUAGAUGUAUGAGUUUAAGACUUAAAUUUAAAAAAAAAAACAACUUAUAAUUGAUCAAAUGUUUAAAACGAACAAGUUAUCAGACAAUAAAAAUUGGAAGUUUAUUUCUGAA